GUGUUUGUUGGGUUUCUGGUUUCUUGCUGCUUUGCUCAUCAGAAUGUCGAGAGAUUUCAGCGCGCUGCUAAGGAGCACAAUCAGUGCGGCAUUGGCUGAACGCGAUCGACGCUUACCAGAUGUCCAUUGGUUUAUAGAAAUUUUACCUUCAUCAGCUGCUUCGCUCAGAAUCGGUAUCGGAUCGAAAUCAGUUUCGGUUUCAAAUCCACUAUUGUAGCGAGGUCAGGAUUCACGAAAAUGUCGGCCGCACCAAAUAUUCUCGUGGCUAUGUCCGACUCUGGACAAGCGUUGAUCGCUCGAGCGCGGGCAGCAGGCACGCAGAGGAUAUGUUGUCUUCCUCCACCUCGAAUAAAUGGUACAAUCGACUGCUGCAGAACCAACUCUUGCGCCAGCAGCUCAAGCGAAACACACCACACGUCAACGAGAACUCACCGUCGUCACUUCAGUAUCGUUUUACCCUCGAUCCCCGGCCGUAUCUUGUGCAAUGCGGAGCUCGGCGACAAACUUGGACUGCUUUCUUGGAGGAAAAAGUCGAAACUUCCCUUGGACCUUCUCAUGCUCCGGGAAGAGGAAACGACGAGGGAUAAAGCAAUCGUGGCUUUAGCCCGGGGGCAGAUACAAAUGAAGCUGCAAGACAAUGGCGGUGAACAACAACAGACUGUUCUCUCCGAGACUGAGUCUGCCGACGCGUGGCCCCGAGCAGGACGAGAGGAAAGGACAAGAGAUAUUGAUGCUACUAUCCCCGUGAUGUUUGCCUGCCUGAAUCUUUCCCUCGACCGGCACAACCGCGAUUUUUGGGCCGAGCAGGGCCGGAGGCUCUGCGAGAAGGUGGCGGGCCAGUACUUUUCCGCGGGAGGAACUACGACAAGUGGUCAGGAACGACUACAGGCGAACCGCGUUAGCGUAGCUGAUUGUGACGCGAGUUCAGUGCGGAAAAAAGGCGUCAUGCUUCUCUGCCACCACAAUGUGGAGGCAUCUGUAGGGAAUGUUGGAUGCGAGACGACAAGUUCUGGCACUAAUGAGGAAAACGCCGUAGCUUCUUCUUCCGCUACGUCAGGAAUUAUUUCGCGCAAAUUGCUGGAAACCGGAGCGCACCGGAUUCUAACGACCGUGCAGUCGUGCACUUUUAGGAAAAGCGUUUUUUCUGCGUUUUUGCCGGAUUCUUGGGUUUUAUCUUCUUCUCGAAGGAGAAGGACGACUGCUGGCGCUGGCUGCGAUGCUGAUGAGCCAACCGGUGCGCCUGAUGAGGCAGGAGACGGAAGCGAGCUAGAAGACGAUGCCGAUCGGCUGAGCAUCUUUCGUGAGAACGUUAACCAGGUGCUGCCGGCGCCACGAGGAGCAGCCGAGCAUGCGGAAAAUCGUCAGAUGGACCUCCCAACCUGCUACUUCUCUACGGCAGAGGACAACCAUUCCACGCUAGGCGUCGAAGUGGUCGGGCGCCUCCCCUUUGGCCAGUUGGUGUUGGUGCCUCGAAGUCGUCGUCGUGGCAGUAAUUCUGCCGCUGAGACCACUACAGCCAGCGCGACUACAUCGAAGCUUUCUUUAGGGCAACAACUCUACAAAGCAGUCAACCUUGCGUUGUACACCGAGCGGAACUGUUUCUCCGCCCGAGUCCUCUUCGACGAGCGGGACCCGGUUUUGCGGGAAGCACAGCAGCUGCUCCAGGCGGCGCCUAUUCCGAGGGCACAAAGCGAGAAAAUCGCCAUCACUGCGGUGCCCUUCGGAUUAACAGUUGCGGAGGAGAAAGCGCUGCUGGCGACGCCACUGUCCAUUCCCGCGGAAGUGUUGCGGUUUGACACAAGGAAAGUGCAGUUUUUGUGAUCCUGUUUGCGGUUUUCCUUUCAUGAAUCAUGAGCCUCCGAAGCGCCUAUCUUGCAACACAAAAGAGCACGUGAAGCAAAAAUUGGAUCUGAGCAGGGUAAGUAAGUACAAUCACG